AAUGUGGGCGUUCUUUUAGAUGCACCAGGUCAUAAAAACUAUGUACCUAAGAGAGAGAAGAUCAAACACGUCAACAUGUUGGUUGUUCUUAGAGGACUUCCAAACUAUCGAAGAGGGCAUUGA